AUGGCAUACCCACAUAACCCUGAUAUUUUUCGCUGGAAAAGAGUUACUAAGACUAAAAAGCCCACUGCAGAUAAGGUGCAGCUCAAUAAUGGGGAGAUCAACCAAUGGAUGAAGACAGUGGAAAUGGCCUCAGACAAUGCAGUGAGUGAAGUUUUUUCCCUGAAGAAGCCCCAUUCAGUGAUAAGCAGUCAGUCAAUGGCACUACACAGCACAGAGCAGCUGCUGGAUCAUGACCAAGCAUACGGGGAAGCUCAGGCUCUUCUUAGUGAUUGGAUGAACAGCAAGUUGCGUCUGGAACUGGAGAUGGAGGAAGAGGAGGAUGUGAUUGUCUCCCCCGAGAAGAACAGUCCAGAAGCAAUGCCACCUGCCCAGCCUGUCUCCCUGGACUACAGCAACUUUGAUGACCUGUAUUUCCACCUGGCUGAGGAAGAGGAGAGCUCAGCGGUUAACAACUUCCUUCAAGACCUCAUGGAGCGGGAAGUGGUGGAUUCUGGGAUAGUGGAGGAUCUGGCACUAGACUCUGAAGAGCGAGACAGGAGGAUGAGGAGGGACCCGAGCCUCACCAUGGAGGCACGUCAUCGACAGGUGCGUGAGAACCGUGCACGGCGGGACGCGGAGCGGGAGAGGUUGCACAGGGAAAGGGUGGCGCGGAGGCAGGCCAGGGAGGAGGCGCAGAGGAGGGAGCAGGGGGAGGAGAGGUGGAGGAGGCAGGAGGCACGCAGGCAGGAGGAGAUGGUGCAGCAGGAGAUGGUGCGACUGCGCCGCGAGACGGAGGAGAGGAGGAACCUGGAGCAACUAGCCAGGCAAAUGGAGAGGGAGAGGAUCGCCAGGAAGACGGCAGCUAAGAGCUCACUGGUACUCCAGCCAGGCCCUUCAUUCUCUACUGCACAGAAACAACAUGACACUGAGAGACCACUCAGACUACAGCAAGCAGAGGUCAGGGUUCAGAUGCACAACCUUAAGUGUCUGCAGAGGCACUUCUCUGGCUGGUACUCAGUGCUGUUGGAGAGGAGGUUGCAGAUGGGCAAGGCGGCGGCGCUCUGUGAUUGGAGGAGACAGCUGAGGGCGUGGCGAGACUGGCGGGCGCUGGUGUGGGCAGGGCGAGAGCAGCGGGAAGCGGAGAGAACAGAGGAGGAGUUACGGACCCAGAAAAGACACUGCCAUGUGGCGAUGGUGAGUGACCGGAGGCGUUUGCUAAGACGAUGCCUGAGUGAUUGGCGGCUGUGGUGUCGGGCGGAGAGAGAACGCCGGGAGCUGUUGUCACAGCAGCAAGAGACGCGGCGCAAGAUGGCCGCCCUGAUUAAUGCCGUGGCAACUGGGAAACUCAAGAUGAUGGAGGAAACACAUACUCCUGAGCCAAUCACUGCCCUACCUGAGCCUUCUGACCAAUCAGAAACCGUAGAACUGAAAGGUCAGCCAGGGUCACGACCUGCUGGCCCCACCCCCUCUCCUGCCUGUCAAGGGGACGGACAGCUGGGGGCUGUGGUCCUGCACACCCUCCCCUGGCAGGUGACACGGCGUAACGCGGCGCUGAGUGCAGGCGAGCUGAGGCGAGCACGGGAGAGGGGCGAGGUGGGCGAUGGGGACGGCAGUGUAGGUGCUGCCCCCCGGUCUCAUAGAGCAGUGGUGUGUGGGGGCCGGUUCGAGCAUCGCCAUGCCAGCCAGCAGCAGACCAUUGCAGAGCAGAGGAGGCUCCUCGGGGAGCAACAGGAGCAGAUCGCACGCCUGCAGGAGGAGCAAAGCAUGAUGGGACUGAGGCAGGAGGCCCAGACAGCCGCCCAGAUUGCUGUCCCAGCAUCCCCAAGGCCCAGAGGGAUGACCUCUGACCCCAAAGAACCCAGGGCUGGAAGAGUCGCUCGGGGGAACGAUGGCCGUUCCUCGGCCUCCAGGAAACCAGCUGUCCGUCAGCCCUGUCGUCAUCCCACCGUCAUGGCCAUGGAGGAACGUGCUCGUCAGCGAGCGGAGCGCAGGAGGGAGGUGAAGGAGCUGAAGAGAAAGAAGGAGGAGGAGAGGCUGGCCCAGCUGAAAACAGCAGUGAAGGAGAGGCAGAGGGAGGAGGAGGAUGAGAAACGUAGAGCAGUGGAAAGGAGGAGGGAGGAGAAGAGACAAGAGAGAGAGAGGGAGCAGGAGAAACAAUGGAGGUUGGAGCGAGACCAGCAGCUCCAGACCCAGGCCCAGCAACACUACCACAGAACUCUUUUACUACGGCGAGGCCUGGAGCCAUGGAAACGCCUAGUUGCCCAGAGCCAAGCCAACACUCAGCUGGCCAGGGCUCAUCACAGGCAGUCUCUCCUGAGACGGUGCACACUGUCCUGGCAGCAGGUAGCAGGCGAGUCCCUGGCUCAGAAAUGGGCCUCUGCCGACCAACUGCAUCAACAUAUCCUGCUACGGAGGAGCCUGGGCAACUGGAAAAGGCUGAAGGAUCACUGCAUGGUUCUGGAGGGGCGGGCCGAGCGGUUCUGGCGCACACAUACUCUGAAGAGGGCUCUGAUUGGACUGCUAGAUCACGCGACCCAGGAGAGGAUGGCAGAUUGGGAUCGGGAGCAGCAGGCUCAGGAACACAGUACCUGGCGGGCGGUGCGAAGCUGUUUCCAAGCCUGGAGACGGUAUCCGGGGUGGCUGCGUGAGGAGAGAGAGAGGGAGACCAGGAGGGAGCAGCUGAGACGCCGAGUGGCAGAGGUCCUCCCUGACUUCCGCUCUUCUCCUCUGGACUGUACCUGGGAACAAGGCCCUCUGUGACCCACAGGACACACACGUACAGUAGACAUACACAUGCGUACAGUACACUCAGACAGGCAGGCAGACAGACAG